AUGUCGUCAUCUGAGCAACUCGGCUGGAUUGGCCUAGGGUCCAUGGGCAUUGGCAUGUCCAUGAACCUGCAGAAGCAUCUCUCCUCUACGGGUGCACCAAGCUUGAUCUACACCAACCGGACACUGUCUCGGGGGAAGGAUCUGCAGGCUCUCGGUGCCAUUCCCGUCGAGACGGUCGCUGAGGUGACCACUAAGUCGAGCAUUAUCUUCUCUUGUGUAAGCAACGACCAGGUGCUUAACGAGGUCGCCGACGCGAUCAUUGCAGUUGGAGUCAAGGGAAAGAUCUACAUCGAUUGCUCGACGGUCCACCCGGACACUUCAGUCGCUGUCUCGAAGAAGAUCACCGAAGCCGGUGGCCUGUUUGUUGCCUCACCUGUCUUUGGAGCCGCUCCUAUGGCUGCAGCCGGAAAGCUCAUCUUUGUCGUUGCCGGCCCAGCCGAGGCAACCAAGAAGACCAGUCCGUACAUCAAGGACAUUAUGGGCCGCUCCGUCAUCGACAUGGGCGAGGAUGUCUCCAAGUCCAGCAUGCUCAAGAUCGCGGGCAACAUCUGCGUGGUGUCCUUCAUGGAGGUCCUGUCCGAAGCCCACGUCUUUGCCGAGAAGGUCGGCCUCGGCAGCGCCAUCUUCGAGACCAUGGUCGCCGACAUGUUUGGCCCCGUGCUCGAGAGCUACUCCAAGCGGCUCACGACCGGCAUCUAUGCGCCGGAGCCAGGCGGAAAGGCCGGCUUCGACGUCGAGCUGUCCAUGAAGGAUGCGCGCCACGCCCUCAAUUGCGCCAAGACGGCCGGCACCAGGCUCGAGGUCAGCGAGGUCGCCCUCAAGCAUAUGGAGCAGGCCCGGGCACUACUCCCGGAUCGGGCACUGGACAGCAGCUCCAUGUACGGCACGAUUAGGAAAGAGGCUGGCCUGGACUUCUACACAGAUCUGUGCAAGGAGAGAGACAGCAAGGUAUCAAAAUAG